CCGAAAUGAAACGAAGGCAAAGGCGCGUGAAUAGUCGAGCGAAGGGAGGAAAACGCAAGGCGCGAUGCGAUGCAAGGUCACCUCCACCCUCGCCCCCACCUGCACCACCCCCUCCAACAACAGCUCACUGCUCUUCUUUCAGCCGCCCUUCCCCCAACUGGCGGAAAUGGAGGUGGAGAUGACUCCACUACGUCGGAGGGCUCAAAAGGUGACGAUUCAUCCCGCCUUGCAGCCCUCGAUUCACUCCACUGCAACAUCAUCUAUCCUCCCAACUCGCUUCUCCUUGUGCACUCCAUUUCUUUCCUCUCCCAGGGCCUCUCUCAGCUUCUCUCUGACAAAUCAUUUGCCGUCCGCCGAGCUGCAGCAAUCACCUAUGGGUCCCUGAGUGCCAUAGCUGAAUCGAGUGGGCACCAGAACCAUGCUAUAUCCAAUGGAUUGUCCGACCGAUUCAUUGCUUGGGCUCUACCCCUUCUCCGGGAAAUUGGAAGCGGGAGUGGUUCUGCAGAGUUGGCGCUUGACAGCCUCCACGAGUUUCUCAAGAUUGGGGAUUCAGGAUCCAAUGGCAGACACAUUCCCUCAAUUCUCAAAGCAUGCCAGGAGCUUCUCGAGGAUGAAAGGACCUCCCUGCGCUUGCUCCACCCACUACUCAGUGUCCUCAUCCUCAUCUCUCUCAAGUUUGGGCACUGCUUCCAGCCUCAUUUCGUUGACAUCGUGGACUUGCUUCUUGGCUGGGCCUUUGUUCCUGAUCUCUCUGAGACAGACAGGCUCACAAUCACUGACACCUUUCUGCAAUUCCGAACCUACUGGCUGAGCAAUGUACACUUCUCACUGGGACUGCUGUCCAAGUUUCUAGGGGACAUGGAGGUUCUGAUCCACGAUGGUAAGCUUGGAAGGCUGCUUGCUCUCUUUGCCUGUCUUUCCACUGUCUUGCAGGUCAUUGCUUCCGGGUUGCUUGAAAACCAACCGCUUGAACAGAUAGCCAUGCCUAUCCAAAACAUGGCUCCUCGUAUAUUGAGUUGCAUCAUGAUGUUUGGCAGUAAAUUUGGAUGGUCAAAAUCGAUGGAGGAUGCUUGGAGAUGCUUGGUUCUUUUGGCUGAAAUACUCUGUGAUAACUUCUCUGAAUUUUACCAUAUUGCCAUUGACAUCUUUUUUCAAAGUUUGAGAGGAGUUCCAACCUACAGGUUGCAUGGUGUUCUCCAAGCUAAUCUUCAACUGUUGUCUCUUCAAAAGCAGGGACUUUUCUCUUCAUUUGUCCGGGCUUUGUUGCAAUUCCAGUCACCUUUGUCUCAGCUGCGGCUGCAUCCGAAUCAUCUUGUUGUUGCGGGCACUACUACCACUUAUAUUUACUGCCUCCAGCAUUCCUCUGAUAAUGUUGUUUCUGAGGCCAUCAGCUCAUUGGUUGGGGAGCUGGAUAUUCUGAAAGACAUGUUUGGGAAGAUCCACAAAUCCAGAGUUGCCCUUGAUGGGAGUAUGAUAGAUAUUGGAGAUGUCAACCUUAACUCAGAGUUGGGUUCAAUGGGGCUCUGUUGCAAACAGGAGCUACUUUCAUUGAUUAGAUUUGAUCUAACAAUGCUGCUGAGCUCAGUAUCUGUUGGGCCACUGGGUACCCUUCCAAAUCAAGGUUCUGUGGGUUCUCUGUCUGACCAGGCAUUCAUUGACAGUGCCCGAUAUAGACGAGCCCAUAGGCUAACAUCUUUUAUUUUGGAAAAGUUCAAUCCAUGUGAAUUUCCUAUUUCUUGUUGUGUUGAGUUGCAAGCCCAUGUUAUUAGGACAAUGCACAAACUCAGUGAAAUAGAAAUCUUGUCCAGUCUAACUAUUUCCCGAACUUCUUUUGCUAAGGGUUCCAGUGAUCUGAAAGAUGAAAAUACUGGAAGUUCUGAAAGUGGGCAUGGAGAUUCCAGUCUCUUAUGUGAGUAUUUAAGGAAGUAUGACGCAUUUCUGGUCAGAAUCCUCCAUGCUUCUUCAGCUGUGGCGGUUAAACUAGAAGCUCUCAAUUGGAUUUCUACAUUCAGUUGCGUGUCCGUAAAGAUUAGGGGCACAAAUUUGAUGAGGUCUGCAUAUGAGCAAUACGGAGAUGCUGCUGUUAGGACUGAUUUACUCUUCUGUAUCCUGGAUGCAGCAUAUGAUAGGGAGCCUAAAGUUAGGUCUUAUGUUGCAACUGUCUUGGAGCUAUUGAUGCGAGCAGGACUUAUUUAUUCUGGGAACUUUUACUGCAUCUCAAAAGUUGCCCUUGACAAGCUUGGUGAUCUGGAUAGAUCUGUAAAAGUUGCAUUUGGAAGAGUACUUUCAAUUUUCUUGCCUCUCACAAUGUUUGCAUAUGGUUUGAGACAAGAUGGAGGUAAUUGUUUCAACCUUGAAAGUCUGUCGAUUGGUAAUAAAUAUCACCUGGAUUGGAAACAUGUUCUCGCUUUUAAACAGCUUCCGUGGAAAUUUCAUUCACAGCAACUUGUUUCUGUUUUGAGUUACAUCUCACACAGGUGGAAGAUGCCUCUAUCCACUUGGGUUCAACGACUGGUCUUUAGUUGCUGCAGUGGAAAGAUCUCAAGCCAUUUGGAAGAAGACGAAUGUGCUAAUUCCAACAGUAUGUGGCAGAAUUCUUCCUCCGAGAUAGAUAUGAUAGGCAGACUGUGUUCAGUGAACAUUCUUGCUUCUGUUUGGUUGUCCAUACACGAAGCCGCCAGGCAGUGUGUGGCUCUUCGUCUUCGAACAAAUUUUGGUGGUGCGGCCCAGACUUUUGCUGCUCUUGAGCGCAUGCUUUUGGACAUACCGAAUACUUUGCUUCUAGACACUGAGCAAAGUGAAAGCACCUUAGGCUCAUCAAGUGCUCAUUUAUUACCUAUGCGGUUGCUUCUGGAUUUUGUCGAAGCACUAAAGAAAGAAGUCUAUAAUGCUUUAUGAAGGAUCCUCUGUUUUACCUUCAU